GGCCAUCUCUUUCCUCAUGCCCAGUGCCAGGCCUUGGCCAGGGCCAAAAUGCCGGAAUUACUUGAGGACAUGCGAAAGGCACCAGCCCGAGACCCCAGGACCCGCUACAGGUUUUUUGGUUACCUGGCGGCCUAUCUUUCGGCUAUAUAUGGCCAUAUAUGGUCGGGAGUGUUGACAAAGAUGAAGGUAAAAGAGGUCAAGGACGCUGUGGGGGACGAAAAGGCGGGCUACCUUGUGAAUGUGAUGGAGCACAAAACUCUAAGAAAGUUUGGCGUGGCACAGAUAUAUCUCACUCAGGAAGAAUAUGGAUGGUGCACUGAGUGGCUCCGCCUCCGACAGCGGGCGGUCCCCACAAAUCAAUACUUUUUCUCCACCCUUGGCCGUGGCGAGGCAAAGGAUCUCAUUAAAUACUUCAGGAAGGCCUGGUCGGAGAUGGGAUUGAGGGGAUCGCCCACCCUGAUGGAUAUCAGGUCAGCGGUGGCCACCUAUAACUUUGAGUCCAAUGAUUCGGAGGUGCGCCAGCAUGUGGCCACAUUUAUGUGCCAUGAUGUGAGGACACAGGAGCGGUUCUACUCGCUCCACAACACCCUGAGCCACGCGAAGCAGAUGAGGGAGCUUUUCGUGUGCAUGUCACUCAGAAGAGGACAACCUGCUCACUCAUCUGCUUCCACUGUGUCCUCCAUUGCGCCCUCCACUGCAGCGUCCUCCACCUCUGUGCCCUCAACCUCCACGCCGUCCACUGCUGAGGAGGAGAUGGAUCCGAAGGUUACCCCACGGAUUUAUGGGCCCUCUCCUUCACAGCUCCUAGUGAAAAAAAUAAAAGUGAGGCUUGGCUUCAGCCCAAGGAAAAAAUAUCCUUCCAGGGCACGGGGGACAUGA